GGACCCAGCAGGCGCCGCGCCGCCGCAGCCCGGGGACAGAGGCCGCCUCGGACUCUAGGGGGCGACGCGGCCUGCCGGGUAUAAAAGCUGGGCCGGCGCGGGCCGGGCCAUUCGCGACCCGGAGGUGCGCGGGCGCGGGCGAGCAGGGUCUCCGGGUGGGCGGCGGCGACGCCCCGCGCAGGCUGGAGGCCGCCGAGGCUCGCCAUGCCGGGAGAACUCUAACUCCCCCAUGGAGGCGGCCGACUUCUACGAGGCGGAGCCGCGGCCCCCGAUGAGCAGCCACCUGCAGAGCCCCCCGCACGCGCCCAGCAGCGCCGCCUUCGGCUUUCCCCGGGGCGCGGGCCCCGCGCAGCCUCCCGCCCCACCUGCCGCCCUGGAGCCGCUGGGCGGCAUCUGCGAGCACGAGACGUCCAUCGACAUCAGCGCCUACAUCGACCCGGCCGCCUUCAACGACGAGUUCCUGGCCGACCUGUUCCAGCACAGCCGGCAGCAGGAGAAGGCCAAGGCGGCCGUGGGCCCCACGGGCGGCGGCGGCGGCGGCGACUUUGACUACCCGGGCGCGCCCGCGGGCCCCGGCGGCGCCGUCAUGCCCGGGGGAGCGCACGGGCCCCCGCCCGGCUACGGCUGCGCGGCCGCCGGCUACCUGGACGGCAGGCUGGAGCCCCUGUACGAGCGCGUCGGGGCGCCGGCGCUGCGGCCGCUGGUGAUCAAGCAGGAGCCCCGCGAGGAGGAUGAAGCCAAGCAGCUGGCGCUGGCCGGCCUCUUCCCUUACCAGCCGCCGCCGCCGCCGCCGCCCUCGCACCCGCACCCGCACCCGCACCCGCCGCCCGCGCACCUGGCCGCCCCGCACCUGCAGUUCCAGAUCGCGCACUGCGGCCAGACCACCAUGCACCUGCAGCCCGGUCACCCCACGCCGCCGCCCACGCCCGUGCCCAGCCCGCACCCCGCGCCCGCGCUCGGUGCCGCCGGCCUGCCGGGCCCUGGCAGCGCGCUCAAGGGGCUGGGCGCCGCGCACCCCGACCUCCGCGCGAGUGGCGGCAGCGGCGCGGGCAAGGCCAAGAAGUCGGUGGACAAGAACAGCAACGAGUACCGGGUGCGGCGCGAGCGCAACAACAUCGCGGUGCGCAAGAGCCGCGACAAGGCCAAGCAGCGCAACGUGGAGACGCAGCAGAAGGUGCUGGAGCUGACCAGUGACAAUGACCGCCUGCGCAAGCGGGUGGAACAGCUGAGCCGCGAACUGGACACGCUGCGGGGCAUCUUUCGCCAGCUGCCAGAGAGCUCUUUGGUCAAGGCCAUGGGCAACUGCGCGUGAGGCGCGCGGCUGUGGGACCGCCCUGGGCCAGCCUCCGGCGGGGACCCAGGGAGUGGUUUGGGGUCGCCGGAUCUCGAGGCUUGCCCGAGCCGUGCGAGCCAGGACUAGGAGAUUCCGGUGCCUCCUGAAAGCCUGGCCUGCUCCGCGUGUCCCCUCCCUUCCUCUGCGCCGGACUUGGUGCGUCUAAGAUGAGGGGGCCAGGCGGUGGCUUCUCCCUGCGAGGAGGGGAGAAUUCUUGGGGCUGAGCUGGGAGCCCGGCAACUCUAGUAUUUAGGAUAACCUUGUGCCUUGGAAAUGCAAACUCACCGCUCCAAUGCCUACUGAGUAGGGGGAGCAAAUCGUGCCUUGUCAUUUUAUUUGGAGGUUUCCUGCCUCCUUCCCGAGGCUACAGCAGACCCCCAUGAAAGAAGGAGGGGAGCAGGCCCGUGGCAGGAGGAGGGCUCAGGGAGCUGAGAUCCCGACAAGCCCGCCAGCCCCAGCCGCUCCUCCACGCCUGUCCUUAGAAAGGGGUGGAAACAUAGGGACUUGGGGCUUGGAACCUAAGGUUAUUCCCCUAGUUCUACAUGAAGGUGGAGGGUCUCUAGUUCCACGCCUCUCCCACCUCCCUCCGCACACACCCCACCCCAGCCUGCUAUAGGCUGGGCUUCCCCUUGGGGCGGAACUCACUGCGAUGGGGGUCACCAGGUGACCAGUGGGAGCCCCCACCCCGAGUCAGACCAGAAAGCUAGGUCGUGGGUCAGCUCUGAGGAUGUAUACCCCUGGUGGGAGAGGGAGACCUAGAGAUCUGGCUGUGGGGCGGGCAUGGGGGGUGAAGGGCCACUGGGACCCUCAGCCUUGUUUGUACUGUAUGCCUUCAGCAUUGCCUAGGAACACGAAGCACGAUCAGUCCAUCCCAGAGGGACCGGAGUUAUGACAAGCUUUCCAAAUAUUUUGCUUUAUCAGCCGAUAUCAACACUUGUAUCUGGCCUCUGUGCCCCAGCAGUGCCUUGUGCAAUGUGAAUGUGCGCGUCUCUGCUAAACCACCAUUUUAUUUGGUUUUUGUUUUGUUUUGGUUUUGCUCGGAUACUUGCCAAAAUGAGACUCUCCGUCGGCAGCUGGGGGAAGGGUCUGAGACUCUCUUUCCUUUUGGUUUUGGGAUUACUUUUGAUCCUGGGGGACCAAUGAGGUGAGGGGGGUUCUCCUUUGCCCUCAGCUUUCCCCAGCCCCUCUGGCCUGGGCUGCCCACAAGGCUUGUCCCCCAGAGGCCCUGGCUCCUGGUCGGGAAGGGAGGUGGCCUCCCGCCAACGCAUCACUGGGGCUGGGAGCAGGGAAGGACGGCUUGGUUCUCUUCUUAUGGGGAGAACGUAGAGUCUCACUCUAGAUGUUUUAUGUAUUAUAUCUAUAAUAUAAACAUAUCAAAGUCAA